CAUGUUAUUUCAGUUCAACCAAGUUGUAGUAAAACCAUGGACGGUAUUACCAGUAUACAUGUGUUAACUGAUUUAGAUGUCCACGUGGAAGCAGAAUGUAACGAUCGAUUUUUAGCUCAAUUUUCCACUGUUAAUUAUGUUGACUGGUUUCUAAACAGUACAUAUCAAGGAAAUCCCCUCCUUAGCUGUGUUUUUAUGAAUGUCAGUAACUCGUUUAUACUAUUCCUGUCUGUAUCGUGGGCUGAACCUGGUGAAAUCAUGUUAAAUCACGAUAUCUAUAUGAUAACCUGUGUCAUGGAUGAUCAUGGCAAAACUGCAUCGGAUGUCAAAACAAUCAAACAAGGAUUGCUUGGCCCACGAGAAAUCCAGUCGCAUAUGGGAGGAGACGCUAGUUCAGGCUUUUCACUUGAGCUGACAGAUGUACGUGGUGACGCUCUUGGUAAUAUUGUACCCAUAGGUCGCAGAGUUCGUUUAACGGCAAAUAUAUUGGGUGCUGCUGAUGAAAAUGGAAUUCGGGCUGUCAGUUGUGAUGCAGUUGGCGGAGACAGUACAUAUAAAAUACUUCGUGGAGGAUGUGGUGAUGGAAUGGUUAUACCAAAGAAUAUUGGGUUUACUACAACUGGACUUAAAUCAGAAAGUCCUGUGUUUACAACAUUUAGAUUAGCUAAAAGUAAAACGGUGUCGUUUCAAUGUAACUUUACAACCUGUGUAACCAACUGUGAUGGUGUAAGUGUACUAAGUGCGAGCAUGCGCUAG